AAUUCAACCGCUACGCGCAUUGCGAGCGGAGCGGGAAGAAAAGCCGCUUUCUGGUCUGCUGACUGUUUGGCCGUUUCUACAGUCCGCAGUGUGUUUUAAGAGGCCCAAGAGGGUUAUAUCUUUCCGGCCGAUCAAACCGCACUUUCAAGGGUUUUAUGAAGUUUAAAUUGGACUUUUGUUAACAAUAGAAGUCAUUUAUUUGUCGGCAGCCCCUAUCUUUUCUUGAAACAGCGAUGGAGGAGGAAAAGGAUGACGGAGGAAGCAGUAGAGGUACGGCAGACACAGCAGAGGAAAGCGAGCCAAUAGAAGGCCUCGAAGACGAAAAGGUGGAUGAAGACAAGACUGAUGAUGAACCAUUAAUUGAUGGGGUGCUGAAGACUGAGAGAGAUGAGCAAUGCUAUUGCGGUAAAGAGCGCAAUAUGAAUAUUGCAGAACUCUUGUGUGCAAGUUGUGGGAGGUGGUUUCAUGAAUCUUGUAUCAGUUACCAGCUAGGGAAACUAGUCCCAUUCAUGACAAACUAUACCUUCUUCUGUAAAAACUGCUCCCCCUCUGGCCUUGAAAGUUUCAAAAAGACCCAAGCGGCUUUCCCACAAAUGAUAUUGACUGCUCUCGGUAAUUUAACUCAAAAGAGAGUCAAGGAUGGAAGCUCUAAAACACAAUUUUCCAAAGAUCAGGACAUUAUUCCCUUCAUAGAUCAGCAUUGGGAGGCAAUGACAACGAUGUCCCGUCGAGUUACCCAGUCUUGGCAUGCUACUAUUCACCGAGCUUUAUUGAAGGAUUCAGGCACUUUAUUUGAAUGUGAAGGAAAUGGCACGGACAAAGAGACAUUUGGUUUGAAAUAUUCCAUGUCUGAAAUCAAACCAAACUAUGAAGCCAUGAUUAAAAGUGGUACCUUAAAGAUGACAGAUGUUGGAGUACAGCAAGCAAGGGAUUCCUCAAAUGUUAAAGGCCGUGGGACAAAGAGAAAGUUCCCUGACCAAGCAGGUGGCGCCGUUGGAAAGAGAGGACGUGUUGCGGGUGGAGAGGGUGCACCUAAAUUGCCAGCUCAUGGGUACCCCUUGGAGCACCCCUUCAACAAAGAUGGCUACAGAUACAUUCUAGCUGAACCAGAUUCCCAUGCCCCAUUCAGACAGGAAUUUGAUGAGAGUAGUGAAUGGUCUGGAAAGCCAAUUCCUGGCUGGCUGUACCGCAUGCUCAGUCCUAGCCAAGUUCUUCUUGCCCUUCAUGAUCGAGCUCCGCAGUUGAAAGUCUCUGAAGACAGGCUGACUGUGACUGGUGAAAAGGGAUAUUGUAUGAUUCGUGCUACUCAUUGUGUGAGUAGAGGCCAGUGGUAUUUCGAAGUUAAAAUAGACGAAAUGCCUGAAGGGUCUGCGACACGCUUGGGUUGGGCUCAAGAGUAUGGAAAUUUACAAGCUCCAUUGGGAUACGACAAAUUUGGUUAUUCAUGGCGCUCAAAGAAGGGGACACGGUUUCACGAGUGCCAUGGAAAGCAUUUCAGCGAAGGGUAUGGUGAGGGUGAUACUCUUGGCUUUCUCAUUAUCUUGCCUGAAUUGAAAGAACACAAUUACAUGCCACCUGUCUACAAGGACAAGCCUUUGGUAAAGUUCAAAAGUCAUUUAUAUUAUGAGGAAAAGGACCAAGUGAUUGACACGCUCAAGAACCUAAAACCCCUUCCUGGCAGCAAGAUCAUCUUUUUUAAAAAUGGAAAGUGCCAAGGAGAAGCAUUUACUGAUAUUUAUUUUGGAUCAUAUUAUCCAGCUGUGUCCCUGCACAAAAGCUGUUCUGUUACAUGCAAUUUUGGGCCCAAAUUUAAAUAUCCUCCUGAUGAGUUUGAAUUUAGAGGGAUGCAUGAGAAGGCAGAAGAUGCAAUUGUUGAACAAACAAUGGCAGAUAUGCUAUGGCUGACAGAACAUGAUGGCAAACUGAGGCUUGAUACCUAUUGCUCAUGAGUCCCCACACUCAUAGGUACUUAAUAAACGGUUUGCCCUAAAAUUUGAGUUUAAAAAAAUCCUGUUUCAUUUUACUUGUUAUGUAAUUUUUUUAUGGAUGCAAACACUUGAAGAAUAUUUUAUGAGAAUAUUGUAAAUAUUGCCACACAUGUGUGUGAGUUCAUGAACUCAAAUAAAUAGGUCAGUUGUGUUUUCAAG